GCAAAGGGUACGUCUAACUGCCAGUUCUUGACUUCUUCGCGAUCCAGCUUCCAACCAGACGGAGUUCUCGACCGUUCAAAUUUCGAUACCAUGACAUUGCAAGACGACCUCGCAGCCAGUCCGCCAUGCCAUCCACGCGCGUGCGCGAUACAAAAUUGCCUGACCAGAAACGGAUUUGAUGAGAGCAAAUGCCAGAAACAGAUAGACGCACUCUACGAGUGUUGCAACGCGUUUUACGAAAAGAACAGCGAAAGCGCGUCAACAGUUAGCUGCCCCAAAGCGAGCCUGCUACGGCUCAAGAUGGAACAGAGAAAGAAGGCUACAUGAAGGAAAACAAGAGGAGUCGAAAUGUAUCACUUGUCCAGAUAUGUCCACCUAAACGCCCGUGAAGGUGUUAGGUAACUUAAACGGAAAGUGCGGUAUUCCUCUGGGCGAUCCUUGAGCACGCGAGAGACCUCAUGGGCCUGAACAAGAAAUGAUGGUCUUGUUCCGAGACUCUAAUAGGAAUGCCGUGGACAUUGUAAGGAAAAAAAAAAGAAGAAGAAGAAAAUACCAAAGAAGUUUUUGGGGUCCGUCGCUUUUUGUAUCAAUUUCUCACACAGGUGGAGGGGCUUGAAAUUCGGGUGGGGUUCAUAG